GCGCGGGGGCGCUGCGCGAGUGGCUUCAGUUGGUCGCCUCUGAUCCCCGGGAGUUGUCGUAGGGGGCGCGCGGGGGGAAAGCCCUGAGGUACCGGAUUGACCGUCAGCUGAGGAACACUCUAACCCAUGGUGCACUAGAUAUCCAUGUUGACCAUUGCUGUUACGUUAUAGGCUGACCUGGGAUUGCACUCAACUCUCCGUAUCAAGUGGUUAUGCGUCUCAAUCAGUGAUCCAACAAGCAAUGGAUAUUACUUCAAAGACAAGUGGAAAAGCCUUGUAUGAACAAAGAAAAAAUUAUGCAAAAUCAACUGUUGUAAUGUCAGAGACCUCGCAAUAUCGUGUUGAGCACCUUGCAACUUUUGUUGUGGAUCGGAAGGAUGCCAUGAUAACAAUAGAUGAUGGUAUAAGAAAACUAAAACUACUUGAUGCAAAAGGCAAGGUCUGGACCCAGGACAUGUUGCUGCAGGUGGAUGAGAAAGCUGUCAGUUUGAUUGAUCUGGAGAGCAAAAAUGAGUUGGAGCACUUCCCCUUUAACACAAUCCAGCAUUGUCAGUCUGUGAUGAAUGCCUGUAACUACGACUCCAUUCUGGCGCUCAUUUGUAAAGAAUCUGGCCAAGGCAAACCAGACAUUCACCUUUUCCAAUGUGAUGAAGUUAAGGCUGAUCUGAUCCAUGCAGAUAUUGAAAGUGCAAUCAGUGACAGUAAAAGUAACAAGCAGAAGAGAAGGCCUGACACUUUGAGAAAGAUUAUAAAUGCAGGUAAUUCCUCCAUCCCACCACCACCAAGUGCCCCAGCCCCUGUACCUCCAGGAACUAUUACACAGGUGGAUGUUAGGAGUCGAGUAGCAGCCUGGUCAGCUUGGGCCUUACCUGAACAAGAUGAAAAACAGAAGGUUAUUCAUGAACCUGAAGAAACUCCAGAUAUGGCAGCAGUCAGGAUUGACAGAGAUGUGCAAAUUUUGAACCAUGUUUUGGAUGACGUAGAAGCAUUUGUCAUCAAACUUCAAAAAGCUGCCGAAGCCUUCUCUCAGCUUUCUCAACGGAAGAAAUCAAAGAAAAGCAAAAAGAAGGGACCAGGAGAGGGUGUUCUGACACUCCGGGCAAAGCCACCUUCACAAGAUGAGUUCAUUGACUGUUUUCAGAAAUUCAAGCAUGCAUUUAAUCUCCUGGCUAAACUGAGAACGCAUAUUCAGAACCCUAGUGCAGUUGACCUAGUGCACUUCUUGUUUACGCCUCUGAACAUGGUCAUACAAACGAGUGGUGGCCCAGAAAUGGGUAGAUCUGUCCUUUCUCCUCUCUUGACAAAGGAUGCUAUAGAUUUUCUGAAUACGUGCGUCACACUUGAAGAAAGGGAAAUUUGGUUUUCCUUGAAUGAAACAUGGACUAAACCCAGGUCGGAGUGGCCGAAAGAUCAGUUUAUUCCCCCUUACGUGCCUCACUUUAGAAAUGGAUGGGAACCUCCUUUAUUGUCAUUUUUGGGCACACCUUGUGAACAGGAACUGAAUAAUUUAGCUGAAUCAGUGGCAAAUGCAGAACAUCAGCGAAGGCAAGAAGAGCAGAGGAGGCUGAGUGAAGAGCAAGCCAUUUCACAGGACUGUCUUCCUACUGACGGGUAUGCAUUCAGAAACUCAAAUGACCAGAAACGAUCUCUGUGGCAACAAGGAACAGCUGAUUCUUCCUUUAAGAGAAAUAGUAGCCGACAUGUAGCUAGAAAUUAUCAAAGUCAUGUUAAAGUGGAACCUAAGAAAUUUGCCAAAUCGAAGUAUGAUUUUGUCGCAAGAAACAACAAUGAACUCUCUGUAAUGAAAGAUGAUCUGCUAGAGAUCCUGGAUGAUCGAAAGCAAUGGUGGAAAGUGAAAAACCAUAGUGGAGUGUCAGGAUAUGUGCCAAAUAACAUACUGGAUGUAAUGAGAGACCCUCGUGAGCUUGGUGAAGGAGUGCCUGAAGGCCUUUACAGUCAGACCAUUCAGAAACAGAAGAUGGAUGUCAUCGCAAGAUCUUGCGGACCAAUACCACCUGCUCCUUCACCACCACCAGCACAGAUCUCCGCUUCCCCUACAUCUUCAUUUACAGGUGGUAUAGUUAAAGGAUCUUCUCGGAGUGUCAGCCGUCAGAACAGUAGCAGUUCAAUUGAGAGCUCUGGUGCACAAAAGGACAGUCAGAGAGAUGGACACAUGUUACUCAACCGGCGGAAAUCUCAUAUGGAAGAAGUGCAAGAUGAGUUGGCACAUCGACUUACAAUCGGACGUAGUGGUGCACAAAAGAAAUUUCAAGUAUUACGAAGCAACAGUUCCACCGUUGGCAUUUCCUUUGAUUCAUCUCCAGAAGAAGUAGCAGAAUGGUUACGGUCUAAAGGAUUUAAUGCUGUUACUGUGAAUAGUUUGGGAGUACUGUCAGGAGCACAACUCUUCUCUUUAAACAAAGAUGAACUGAAGACCGUUUGUCCUGAAGAUGGUGUUCGGGUUUACAGUCAGGUUACAGUGCAGAAGGCUACAUUGGAGGAUAAACGUGGGACCUCUGAACUGGAGGAGAUCAUGAAACGCCGGCAAGAAAAACUCAACGCUGCUGGCUGUGACUCUGGAGUAGAAUCUUUUGAUGAAGGAAACAGUCAUUAAUGAAGAGUGAUUACUUUGAAACUUUUUCUUUGAUUUUAGGAAGCCACUGAGAAAUCAUCUGAGUUUUUAGAAAUUAUGCGCAGAAGGCACAAAUUGAUCGACCAGUGAAGUGUAUUGCUGGAAAGGCCAAGAUAUAAUGAACAUGUUUUGCUGCAUUUUAUUACUGUGGAGUAGAACAGAAUUUCGUAAAAAUAUAAUUGUGACUUGUUAAAAUUAAGCUUAUGUUUUGCAAUCAAGUUUUGAUUGUAUCCUCUUUGAAUAUAAUUUAAUAGUCAGUUUAUUGUAAGAGACUUAAUACAGUAAACUAGGUUUGUCACAAUCUGUAGUGAAAUGAUAAAGGGAAUAAGAUUGAGUCAGUAUUGUCUUUGAUUUAAAUUCAAAAGAUUUGUAAGAUUAUAUUGGUGAUGAAGACAAUAGUGAAGCAUUUUCUGUGACUGGUAUUUAAUGUGCAAAUGUCAUUGUCGAAGAUGCAGUCGGUCUAACAGCAAUUUUUUCACAUUAAAUAUACAGUUCUAGUCUUAAAAUAUGACUAGAAAGUUGAAUUUAAAAAAAGAUAGUUACAACACUACUGCCCUUGGCAUGGGACUUUUUGAUUUGGAAAUGUACCACUGACACAACCACCCCCUCCCACCCUCCUUCCCCAUGCAAUGUCAUAUCUGUGUUACAAAUGGACACCGAAAGAUUUCACGUGCAAAUAGUUUAUUUCACAGUUUGAACUUUAAAUAUUGUUAUCUUGAUGUAAUUUUAUGGAAACUUGCUGAACUGAGAAGAAUGUUGUACAUUUGAGAACUUAAAUCCAUUUAGAAGGAUUUGAUAUUGUAUUUGUAUAGUUUCAUGGUGCCUU